GAGGAGGAGGAACAGCGGCGAACAGCUCAGUCAGGGUGGAGUAAAGUUUGGGAAAUUAGCCUAACGAGGAGCGUUAUGUUCGAGUGUGAUUAUUAUUAGCAGAGCUUUUAAAAACGCGGAGACAGAGGGGGGUUAACGGAAGGCUGUGAAGAUGGGUGAUGUGAGCGAAGAAGCGCUGCUGGAUUAUUUCUCCUGCAGCGGAGGGAGUUCGGGCAGAGUGAGGAACGCAGAUCUACUGAAGACAUUUAAACCCUUCAUUGGUCACGCCGACCUGCAGCUGCGUGCUAAAUAUAGAGAGGAAUUCAAGCUCAUCAUUGACCGCAUCGCUGUGGUGAAGUCAGAGAAUGGUGAAAAGUUCCUGGUUCUGAAGAAGAAAUACAGGCAGCUGCUGCAGGAGCGAGACACCAAGACCCUCGCCACCGACGAAGAGAAACAUGCGGAUCCAGCUGCGUCGACGCCCUCCGCACAGUGGGACGCAACGAACCCCGCGACCUCUGCUGCCCCACCGAUGGAACAACAGGAUGAGCUCAUGUCAUGUGGAGAAUCUGAGAACGCCACAGAGUUUGAGUCGGAGCAGGACGAGGAGAGCACAGGCAGCAUGGGCUCGGCCGCAGUCGCCCUGGAUCCCAUAGAGAAGGAGUGGAUCUACUCUGCUGCUGGGGCCAGGGUCCCUGACCUCUCUCAGCUGCUCAGACAGGAUCCAACUCUGGCCAAUAAGAAGGACUUUACCUCAGGGUUUGUAAGUACAUCAUUAGUCCGUCACUCCUCACAGCCGUUAGUCAUCGUGUCUCCUGUCCAUUCGAGCUGUCUUCAGCCGCCAUUUCCUUCACCGGGGAGCCGUGUGUCGGGGCCACAGUGGUCCCUGAGUGAUUGGACAGGUGGGGGGUCACCCCUGGUAGGUAGAGACAGAACCGUGGAGUCACAGGGAAGGAGAGCGCGCAUCCUGUUCAAUCUCGUCCAUCACUCCUGCCCACAGGGGGGCCGGCCGAGCUGUCCGUCAAAGACCACUUUGGCCAAUCCGUCUGGUUACACACCUCUGCACAUCGCCGCCCUACACGGUCACCAGAAUAUGCUGCAGCUGCUCAUAGGAACAUAUGGUGCCAAAGAAAAUGUCAGAGAUUACAGUGGUCACCUGGCCGGCCAUUAUCUCAACAACAAAGAAGCUGAGGUUCAAGACGAGGAGAGUGAGCUGCAACUCCAAGUACCUCAGGGAGCUACAGGGAACCGGGAGCGGCACAGGAACAGGAAGUUGGUGUCACUGUUUCACUCCAAGAAGAAGUGGGGUUCUGCAGAGGACCUGGCCCCAAUCGAGGAGGAGAGGACGACGUCACAUCAGCUCGCCCCGCCUCCGUACAGACCUCGGAAAUUCUCCCGCUGAGCGGAACACCAGAGUUUCAGAGUUUGUUGAAACCUCCACACAUCAGGUAAAAAAAACAAAACACAGACAGUGCUGCACGAAAAAACUGAUUCAAGAAAAUCCAACAGAAACCACUGAGUAGAAGAACUUGAGACGGAUCACCUCUACACAUGUAUCAUCAGUAUUAAUGCCUGAUAUCGAAGGGAUUUUUGAAGCUUUUCAAUUUUAGUGGAAAAAAUCUUAAUUUAUUUGUUUACAGAUUAGCUCAGGCCACAGGCAUGUUGGUUUUUUUUUUUGGUUUUUUUUUAAACCUGCCCUUGUUUGCAUUGAAGUUACUGACAGUUAUAAUGUAAAGCUGUUGAUAGUUUGUUUGGAUUUUUAUUUACCAUCAGAUAUCAUAAAAAAGGUGAUUUUAAAAAUAAGCCAAAUGUUUUAUUCC